AUAUUCACCUCUAGUGGCGUUAUCUUUCCUGCUUUAUAGUCUAUGGAGUUUGGUGUUAAAAUUAUCAAAUUGAUUUCAGUAGGUUAUGAAGUGAUGUUAAUUUAUGAGAAAUUAAGUAUUUCACGGUAAAUCAUGCCGAAAGUCGUAUCGAGGAGCAUCAUAUGCUCCGAUACGAAAGAUCAGGAGGAAUACAGUGAAGAGAAGCCGCUGCACAUAUAUUACUGCCUUUGUGGACAGAUGACGUUGAUUUUAGAUUGUGCUAUAGAAAAGUUGCCUUUGCGAAAGAGAGACGGAGCACGCGUUAUCGAUGGCAGUAAACAUGCUCAUAAGAUGACCUGUGAACAGGACGAAGUGGUUUACCUGAAACGACAAGAAGGGAUUGAGAAACAGUAUCGACAGAAGUGUAAAAAAUGCGGGCUGUGGCUGUAUUACAAACAUGACCUUGGGUUGAAUGUAGUAUUUGUCGUAAAAGGUGCAGUGAUCAAAAGUUCUGGAGAAGGUCCUGUGACAGACAUAUACAACCAGGUCGCUAUUGAAAAGCCCAAGAAAAUUAUGGUCACAAAGCAUACGAAGAACAUGGGCAAAUUCAGUUCAGUCACCGUUUCUACAAUCGAUGAGGAGGAAGAUGAAAUCGAAGCAAGAGAAGUUGCCGAUUCAUACGCUAACAAUGCACGCAUCAUAGAGAAGCAAUUGGAGAGAAAAGGCAUGAACAAGCGGAAAGCUAUGCCACCUCCGGAAGUGGACAGUAAAAGAACAAGACCGAGGGGGACAUUAUUAGACAUGUGAUAUCUCUACCUCGUGUUUGAUGGUAGUAACCUAGGGUUGCGCGUUUAAUGAAUGCGGACCAGUUGGGACCGGAAUAAAGAUUUUGAACGUGGCAACAUCAGCUUCCAAGUAGCAACUAUGUGGACACACUGAAAAUAAUGGUCGCUAGUACGGAGUGCUACGAAAGGAAUCCCUCGAUAUGGCUGGUAGAUGUUCUAGGCUACUACAGGUAGAGGAUCACUUUUAUAACAAAAUUUAAAAAUAUCAGACGUAAGAGAUGCGAAAACACCGUUCAGCUUCUCAUGCUGGACCUGACCAAACGAUCUCACGAAUCGACGAGUCUUGCGAGGAAACGAGGAAGCUGUCUAGAGUAAUUAUCGAAUAUGUGGUAUGUCUAAAAACUAGAGAAGAGUAGGCGGUAUGUGACUACAAGUGUGACAUCGAUUUGUAUGAGCUACAUAGGAGGUUUCUCGACAAUUUAUGCUGGCUCUAACAGUAGUUUAUCAAACACCGUUAAGUAUCCGAUGCGAAGAUACCCUAGUUGUGCAGCUGGCUAAGACCGAAUCCACAUGAUACGUAAACGUACCUACAUACACACAGUAUAUAAAAAAAAGUGAAUUAAAUAACACGACAAACUACAUUCUUACAUACAAUGAAAUUAUCUGUGCAACAUACCAACGGUGAGAAAAACAAGCUGUGAACCUUGAUUCGAUGCUUGCUGCAGUUGUAUAAAUUAUUAAUUAAAAUGUAUAAUUAAAACCCAUGAAUAACCAAUACUGUAUAUACUGCGUGUGUGUAGGUAAAGUUGCGUGCGACCUGUGGGGAAUAUCAUCUUUUAGUCAUACGUCAAAUCGCUCUGAUUCGGAGAGGUUCCUGGAUCUGCUACGUUAAAACUUAAAAUCAAAUGCAAAAUGUCAUCGUGAAGGGCUUCUGGCGCGAAUUCGUAAAAGCGUCGCAACGCUGCGACUUCUUCGAGGUAACUUAGAAGUUUAUAAAUGCACUGCGAGAGAGAUACAGUUCUCUUCGAUUUCGUUCGCUUAGCUGAAGCCCUUGUUUCUUCGGCGUACCUUAUGUUUAACUUUACAGAUUUGCAAGUAGGUCUUAAUCGAUAUAUAUCACUGCAACUCCUGAUGCCGUAGAAUACCUGCAGGUUCUACUUGCGCCCAAAACCUAGAAGGUUUGCAAUUAAUCAAUUCAACGGAGACAUACUGUCGUUCCCUUGGCCGUAGCAGGCCUCAAAUCAAUUAAUAAAUUAAAAGGAUAUUUUAUUCUCGUCCUCUUGGCCGAGACUCGCAAGUGCGACUUGCGUACGAGUAAAUAAGUAUAAAAU